AUGUCUAGUAAUAAGUCGAACUUAUCAACAAUUUCAAAGCGCAUAGCCAGUAGCGGAAGAAAAGCUCUUCUUCCACAACAGAUGGAUUCUGACAAAUUAAAACAAUUAAUGAUUGAGAAAAUUAGAAAUGAUAAAGACAUACAACAUUCAAUAUCAAAUAUUGUUACACAAGAAAAAAAUGGUGUUCAUGACGAUGAUGAUAUUGGUAAAUAUGCUGAUGCUAUUGGAAAUGUGCUCCUGGGUCCAAUAUUAGAAAUGAUAGAGCAAUGUGUUAAAUCAUUGGAACAACGAAUGGAUGAUUUGGAACGGUACAAUCGAACGUGGUGCGUACGUUUAUUAGGUGUACCUGAAAAAACGAAUGAAGACACAACAGCAAUAUUUGUCAAUACUGUUAAUCAGCAUCUAGAUAACGUAUCUAUUAGUAAUAAUGAUAUUGAAAAUUCACAUCGAAUUGGCAAACGUUCAGAUGAUAAAAACCGUCCAAUUAUAGUACGUUUUUAUAGUCGGCCAUUACGUUUAAAAGUAUUACGUGCGUCAUCAUCAUUAAAACGCAAAAAACUAAGUAUGGCUAUAGUAGAAGACUUAACACAAAAGAAUUUACGUUUAUUUUACGACGAAAGAAACAAGCUACAAGGUGAUGAUAAAAAAUCUAUAAUAACAAGAAAUGGUCGAGUAUAUCGUCGUACAAAUGACUCAACCUCAAUACUUAUUACUUAG